GGCGGAGCGCGGGCGCCGGGCAGGUGGCGGGCGGGACCCGGCCUUCGGGGGCUCCUGGCACCGCAGCCCCGGUGGGGUUCCCGUCCGCGUCUGGCGCGGGCGGGAGCCGGGGGUCUCCCCGCCCCGAGGGCCCCGAGGGGCGGAGGUGAAACCUGAGCCCAGGUCGGGGCGGGGCCGGCCGCGCUUCCCGCUGCCCCGCACCCGGUGGCGAGCCCUGGGCCGGGCGGGGCGCCGCGCAGGUGAGGCGGCUCCGCGCUCCGGGCGACCCGCGGCCCACCGCCCUCAUCCCGGCCCGCAGCCCGCGAUGGAGCCCGCAGCCCGGGCCCGCGCCCCGCCCUGAGCGCCCCGCGACGGCCAUGCUGCCCCGAGGGCGCUCCCGGGCGCUGGCCGCCGCCGCGCUGCUGCUCGGGCUGCUGCUCCUGGCCGGGCUCUUCCUGCUCGCCGGGGACCCGCGGGCGGAGGACGCGGGGGGCUCUUGCUGCCGGCCCAUGCAGCCUGAACCCCAAGACGGGCGGCCUUCGGGGCCCGCUGCGCGCGAAGGAGCCCUGCGUCCACCCAGGUGUCAGCUUUUGCACGUGGCCAUCGUGUGCGCAGGGCUCAACUCCAGCCGAGAAGUCGUCACCCUGGUGAAGUCCAUGCUCUUCUACAGGAAAAAUCCGCUGCACCUGCACCUGGUGACCGACGCAGUGGCCCAGAGCAUCCUGGAGACACUGUUCCGCACGUGGAUGGUGCCGGCCCUCGGAGUCAGCUUCUAUGAUGCAGACCAGCUCAAGCCCCACAUCUCCUGGAUCCCCAACAAGCACUACUCUGGCCUCUACGGGCUAAUGAAGCUAGUGCUGCCCGGCGUCCUGCCCCCUGGCUUGGCCCAAGUCAUUGUCCUGGACACAGAUGUCACCUUGGCCUCUGACAUCGCGGAACUCUGGGCACUCUUUGCUUACUUUUCUGACAAGCAGGUGAUCGGCCUCGUGGAGAACCAGAGCGACUGGUACCUGGGCAACCUCUGGAAGAAUCAUAGGCCCUGGCCUGCCUUGGGCCGGGGAUUUAACACAGGUGUGAUCUUGCUGUGGCUGGACCGCCUUCGGCAAGUGGGCUGGGAGCAGAUGUGGCAGCUGACAGCUAGGCGGGAACUCCUCACCCAGCCCGCCACCUCCCUGGCUGACCAGGACAUCUUCAAUGCCGUCAUCAAGGAGCACCCGGGGCUGGUGCAGCCCCUGCCCUGUGUCUGGAAUGUCCAGCUGUCGGACCACACACUGGCUGAGCGCUGCUACUUGGAGGCAGCUGACCUCAAGGUGAUCCACUGGAACUCACCCAAGAAGCUGCGGGUGAAAAUCAAACAUGCAGAAUUCUUCCGCAACUUGUACCUGACUUUCCUGGGCUAUGAUGGGAACCUGCUACGGCGAGAACUCUUUGGGUGCCCCAGCCAGUCCCCAGCUGGGGCCGAGCAGCUGCAGCAGAGCCUGGCCCAGCUCGAUGAGGAGGACGCCUGCUUCGAGUUCCGGCAGCAGCAGCUCACCGUGCACCGUGUGCACAUCACCUUCCUGCCCCACGAGCCACCCCCUCCCCGGCCUCAUGAUGUCACACUGGUGGCCCAGCUUUCCAUGGACCGGCUGCAGAUGCUUGAAGCCCUGUGCAGGCACUGGCUGGGCCCCAUGAGCCUGGCCUUGUACCUCACAGACGCAGAGGCCCAGCAGUUCCUGCGUUUCGUCGAGGCCUCGCCGGUGCUGUCUGCCCGGCAGGACGUGGCCUACCACGUGGUGUACCGUGAGGGUCCCCUGUAUCCUGUCAACCAGCUCCGCAACGUGGCCCUGGCCCAGGCACUCACGCCUUAUGUCUUCCUCAGUGACAUUGACUUCCUGCCUGCCUACUCCCUCUAUGACUACCUCAGGGCCUCCAUCGAGCAGCUGGGGCUCGGCGGCCUGCGCAAGGCCGCACUGGUGGUGCCAGCAUUCGAGACCCCACGCUACCGCUUCAGCUUCCCCAAGUCCAAGGCUGAGCUGCUGGCCUUGCUGGACGCUGGCGCCCUCUACACCUUCAGGUACCAUGAGUGGCCUCAGGGUCACGCGGCCACGGACUAUGCCCGCUGGCGGGAGGCUCAGGCACCAUACCGUGUGCAGUGGGCGGCCGACUAUGAGCCCUAUGUGGUGGUGCCACGUGACUGUCCCCGCUAUGACCCUCGCUUUGUGGGCUUUGGCUGGAACAAGGUGGCCCACAUCGUGGAGCUGGAUGCACAGGACUACGAGCUCCUAGUGUUGCCCGAGGCCUUCACCAUCCACCUGCCACACGCGCCAAGCCUGGACAUCUCCCGCUUCCGCUCCAGCCCUGACUACCGCGCCUGCCUGCAGGCCCUCAAGGAGGAGUUCCACCAGGACCUCUCACGCCGCUACGGGGCAGCUGCCCUCAAGUACCUCACAGCCUUGCAGCAGCGGCCCAGGAACUCCGCCUGAGCCUCCCCAGCUGGACCGGUGCCCUCCCACCUUCACAGCUAUUUUAAGUUAUUUGAGGUCUCUGUGGGUGGGCCUGGGGCCUCCCCCCUGCUGUGCCCCAGCUGGGAUCCAGCCUCCCUUUGCCCCAGCUGGUUUGGGGCUCUCUUUCCCAUGCUCCAGCCUGUACAUUCCUUUUUGAUAAUUAAAGUUUUCAAGUGA